AUGGAUCCCAACAAUAAUCGUCUUCACCUGAAUUUUGGGUUUAACGAUCGGAAUGGAUACAAUAAUGCAGCGGCCAACAACCGCGCAUACCCAACGACCCCCUCCGCCUUUCCUCAGCCGAUCUAUCAGAAUCAAGCCCCUCAGGAUUAUGUCAACGCUCAAAAUAAUGGCGGUUACAACCAGGGAUACUUCAUGGCCAACCCUUAUCCUCCCCAGUAUGCCCAGGCACCUUAUGGUCAACAGAAUUUGGCCUCCCCCCAACCCGCGUACCAGUCACGGAUGGCAUACAACGCCAACGACGGGACCAAUGGGCUCAUUCAGCAAUUCUCGAACCAGGACUUGAAUUCUCCGCGCACAGGUUUCUUCGGUCGUUCUGCGUCUCCUUCUCAGAGGCCUCGCACCGCCGGCUCUUCUGCCCCCGGACAGCAGCAACCGAGCCAUCUAGCCCCCCCCAUGCCUCGGAGUCCGCGAACCCCAGCUGAGAAUGAAGAGCUGCAGCGCUACCCCGAGCGCUACUCGGAAAAUGUUCACAAGCGUGGCAAGGCAGCAAAGGAGUUGGUGAAUGUGUUCUUCCAUGAAAACAUUGAACGGGCACGCGACCGCAACAUGCGUUCUGCUGAACUCGACAAGAUGAUCCGCGACCCCAGCAUCCCCAAGGAUCGGAAACGUCAGGAGGGGGAGAUUGCUGCACGGAAGGAGUCCAUUUUCCUCCGAUUCCUACGGACGAAGGAGACGCCGUCGAAUUUCCAGACCAUCAAGAUCAUUGGAAAGGGUGCCUUUGGUGAGGUCAAACUUGUACAGCGGAAGACUGAUGGCAAGAUCUAUGCCCUCAAGUCGCUGAUAAAAACCGAGAUGUUCAAGAAGGAUCAGCUGGCUCACGUUCGUGCCGAGCGUGAUAUUCUGGCUGACUCCAAGGACAACCCGUGGCUUGUGAAGCUGCAUGCCUCGUUCCAAGACAGUGCUUAUCUUUAUUUGCUCAUGGAGUUCUUACCCGGUGGUGAUCUGAUGACCAUGCUCAUCAAGUACGAGAUUUUCUCCGAGGACAUCACACGAUUCUAUAUGGCGGAGAUCGUCAUGGCUAUUGAGGCCGUCCACAAGCUUGGUUUCCUUCAUCGUGAUAUCAAACCUGACAAUAUUCUGCUUGACCGCGGCGGUCAUGUCAAGCUCACCGAUUUCGGUCUCUCCACUGGAGGCAAGAAGACCCACGACAACUCAUACUACCAGAAUCUCCUGAAGAACUCGACGUCGAAGGACAAGAAUCGCAAUUCCGGGUACUUCAAUGAUGCGAUCAACCUGACGGUAUCGAACCGUGGACAGAUCAACACUUGGAGAAAAUCCCGCCGAGCUAUGGCUUAUUCGACCGUCGGCACACCAGAUUACAUUGCUCCCGAGAUCUUCAAUGGUCAAGGAUAUACCUACCUCUGCGAUUGGUGGUCUGUUGGUGCUAUCAUGUUCGAGUGUCUUGUUGGCUGGCCCCCCUUCUGUGCCGAGGACACCACCGACACAUACCGUAAGAUCGUCAACUGGAGGGAGUGUUUAUACUUCCCCGAGGAACUUACACUCUCGCGCGAUUCAGAGGGACUCAUUAGAAGCUUCCUUUGUGACCCCGAGCACCGUAUUGGAAACGAAGGUGGCCAGUUUGGCGGUGCUACUCAAAUCAAAAAUCACCCAUUCUUCCGUGGUGUGGUAUGGGAGCAGCUUCGCAAUAUCCGUGCUCCCUUCGAGCCGAAGCUUAGCUCUAACAUUGACGUUUCCUACUUCCCCAUUGAUGAAAUUCCACAGGAAGAUACCAGCGCCAUCCAUCGUGCACAGGCCCGUGCCAUGCCGGAGGAGCAAGAGGCGGAGAUGAGCCUCCCGUUCAUCGGAUACACAUACAAGGCAUUCAAUGCCUUCCAGGCGAACUGA